AUAAGCCACUAAAGUCGCUCCAACUUACAAUUGCUUCGAGUUAUGCCAUAUUUUUGCCGCCCUAAUCUAAUCCACACACAUACUUCUCAACGCGCACAAUGCCUCGAAUUGUCAGUCACGUCUCCGGCGCACAGUGGGAGAAGGAUGGCCCACAGUCACCGACCCAGAAGUUCUUCAAGCAAUAUGUCAACGCCGUUGAUUCCAGGGGCUACGACAGCGGCUCUGGGCUCAAGUUCUAUUCCAAGGAUGUUGUUUUCCAUAACCAGAACAAUGCCGUCUACCAUGGAGGAGAUGAAAUGUGGGCAUGGAUGAAGAAGCUUUUCGAAGUGUUUGAACGGAUCCAACACGACUGGAUCCAUUUUGUGGAGAUUGAGCGUGAUGAUGGGACUAGUCAGAUAUACACUCAGAAUAUUCGAAACCUAUGGCUACGCGGAAACAAAGGAAGCAAGCCGACUGUUAGCAUCCCCGUCACAAUGAUUGCCAUUAUCGGUAAUAGUGGAAGCGACGAGACUCCAGAGGGGCUGCAUUUCAAGGAGGUCUGGCUCUACUGGGACACGGCCCUUCUUUUGCCUCAUCUCCCUACGGAUGCUGUAGUUUUCAAGGCAGAGAAUGUCUUGAAGGGGAAUAAGGACUUGUUUCAGGAGUAGGGAUUCUCUUAUUGUCCUGAAUUAUGUGCCGAAUUUAGCCUAGACAUCGGUGUUGGUGACCAAGCUCAUCCAUUGUGACCAAAAGGCCGAAGGUAGAUGUGAAAUUUAAUCC